AUGAUAGUUGGGGUGUUGGUGACCGGCCUCCUGGUACUGACAGCAGUGUUGACGGCUUCAGAUCCUGGUGAGAGUCUCUGGCACCCGAAGGAACUCUCGCUGGCGACGCAGGCGGAUGGAGAACCCGAAGAGACGCCGCGAGAAGGCAAGAUCUUCGUCUUUAGGACCAUCACGUCAGUAAGAACUCUGGGAACCACCACAAUCUCCAUCCCUUCAACCUGCUACACCCCGGUAGCUGCGACCUGCCCAAGACAAAAGAGGAGACAGCAGCGCACAAAGCAACAAGACCUCACAGAGGGAACCUCGUUGUCGACCUCCCUGAUAGGGAGUUGGGAACACCAGGAAGAAUUGGACGCUUCAGUGGUAAGCAAGAGGAGGGUGGUGGCUGGGGAUGACGGUGCUCGGGAUGGCCGGACGAUCACAGUCUUGACCACUCAAAUCACUAACCGCAUCCAUACUUACACUUCCUUCAUGAGCAACAGCACCGUAACCAUCAGCGUACAAUGUUUCGCCUCCAGCGUCACGUCAGCCUGCUUCGGCUGAGUCCAGGCCUUUCCGAAAUCAUCCCGAUACGUUCGGAUGUAUUCUGGUAUGUUUUAAUGUGCUCUGGUUGUAUUUGAAGGCAUUCCGAUGCGCUCUAAAUUAUUAUUAUUAUAAUCAAGGGGAAGCGCUAAACCCGGAGGAUUAUACAGCGCCUGGGGGGGAUGUGGAAGGCAUUCAGGCUUAAUUCGGGGAACUGGAGCACAGAUCCAAUUCCCUAAAUCAAGAGCCCCUCACCAACAUCAAGGAACCUUCCUUGAGGGGAUGCGCUCUAAAGGUUUCCGAUUCCCUCGAUCGCAUCCAGAAUGCGUCGCGGUACUUUUCAAUAAACUCCUGUACAUUCAAAAGCAUUCAGAUAAAUUCGAAUGUUUACAAGUUCUCCAUUGAAUAUCCUGGUACUCAGGAAUGCAUUCAAGUACACAGAAAUGCAUUCCGUUAUAGAGGAAUAG